AUGUCCACCGACUUUGAACCUGCCACGUUACUGCCGCCACCUGCGGGACAAGCAGAUGGUCACCAUCCUCGGUCGUCGCGAGACAAAGCUCUGACCGCCUUUGCGCAAUUGGGCUGCCUGCGGUUGAAUGUUAAAAGAUGCGUAGUCACGCUGCUCGGCACUACCAAGCAAUAUAUCAUUGCCGAGGCCACCAAGACCCUGUCCCUGUUAGACGAUGCACAGCAUGGCGAAGGCGAUGAACUAUGGUUUGGAAAUUCUUUCAUCGAACGAGAAGGUGGAAUCUCAGCGGAUGCCAUGGAUCCUGAUCCAUAUACCGGCCAUGACCCAGACGGCUCCGCGUUCGCUGCGCCGGCCUUGGUUGUCAGCGACAUUGCCGCGCAUGAAAGCUACAAAAACAGAGGUUAUGCCGGUCAUGGCGUGAAUUUCUAUUGUGGCGUACCCAUCACCACGAAUCAUGGCCAGGUUAUCGGAGUCUACACUGCCACCGACGAUAAGCCGCGUGACAGGCUCUCAGCUACCGAGUUGCGUUUUCUCGUCGAUAUGUCUGCUAUCGUCAUGCAGCAUCUGGAAACCGUGAGAAACGACCGUACCAGGAAGAGGGGAGAACGUCUUAUUCACGGUCUAGGGCGCUUUAUCGAGGGCGAUGAGGGCGAAGAAAGCGAUAAUCAGGACCACGUCGCCAGCUCCAAGGAACCUAAGAAUAACGCUACUCUCGAUCGACCCAAGCUUCCGCAGAACGACAAGUCACCUGAAUUUCUAGGCAUGGUCAUCAAGGAUGCAAAUGAGCCAUCUGAAGAAUCCAAGCGCACAAACAGUCGGCCUCCGAACCGCCCGGCUGAGCCACUACGGCAGGAGUCCUCAGGCGCAGGGCAGAAAGCCGACCUCGGCCAGGAGACCAAUGCAUCAUCGAACCCACAAAAAGCGGCAGCACGCAAAGAGAAGGUGAUAAGGGAUUCACAGCACGUAUUCGACCGCGCAGCGAGUAUUCUCAGACAAUGUCUGAGCUCAGAUGGGGUGAUUUUCUUCAAUGCCAGUUCCGCAAAUCUGAGUUCAGGUUCUCGAAUGGAAAUGUCUGGAUCUGUGGCGAGUGUCCAUCAUUCCAAGUCGAAAGAGACCCGACCGUCCACGAAGCAUGAUGGUGCAGAGGCCCAGGAUCAGCAAGCGGAUAAGCAGACUACUGGUCAGUCACUGUCUAGUGACGAUUCCGCUUCAACAAAAGGCCAAAGCGAUUCAUCAUCUUCGCAGAAGAAGGGGCGGCAGAAGGGUGAAAUAUUGGGCCUGGCCGUGCUCGAUUCCACCAAGGCAGUCAGUAUUCCGGAGCAGGCUUUGCGCCGCUUAGUGCGACGUUAUCCAAAAGGGAAAUGCUUUACAUUCGACCAAUUCGGGAAACCUGCAUCAAGUGACGAGAGUUCCGAGUCUGCGUCGGCAAAUGAUACCGCCAAGGACGCGCACGACCAUACCAACGCUAGCAGACACGUCUUUACAACAAGCACUCUGCUAAAAGCACUCCCAGGAGCGAGGACCAUUAUUUUCCUACCACUAUGGGAUAUUGCCAAGCAGCGAUGGCACUCUGGACUGGUAGUCUGGAGCAAUGAUGGAGGAAGUCUGACGAAUAUCGAGGACAACAUGAUCUAUCUGAAAGCAUUCAGCAACGCGAUCAUGAAUGAGGUCAAUCGCAGUGACCUCGCCCAUUCCGACAUGGCUAAAUCAACAUUCCUGGCAAACAUUUCGCAUGAGCUUCGUUCGCCACUCCACGGCAUUCUGGGGAGCAUUGAAUUCCUCCACGAUACUGCGAUGGACGAUUUCCAGUCAUCCAUGGUGAUAAGCGUUGAGACAUGUGGAAAGACCUUGCUGGAUACCGUCAAUCAUGUGCUUGAUUAUGCCAAGAUCCACAAUCUGUCGAGGGCUCACCGUCAUGCCAAAGGAGCCAUCCAAGGUCCUGAACAACCGGGCAGGCCCGAAACCAGUCUCACUGAGGAUUUUGAUCUUGCUAUUGUGGUCGAAGAGGCCGUCGAAGCAGUCUACGCUGGUCAGGUCUUCCGCACUGCCAAUGCUGACGCGUUAGAGGGCAAAUCGCCCAUUCAGACAGCAGCGAGCCGCGCUAUGCAACAACGACAGGACAGGAGAGACAACAUUAGCAAAGACUCCGCUCAACGCAAGAGUCCUGUCCGUCUGACUCUGAAUAUCGAUGACAAUCUCCAAUGGAGAGUCAGAUCCCAGCCCGGCGCUGUCAGACGGAUCGUCAUGAAUAUCCUGGGCAACGCAUUGAAAUACACGAGCAAAGGCAGCAUCAAUGUGUCUCUCGAAGUUGAUCGCUCCCGCAGCAAGACUUCGUCGAAUUUGCACAUAUUGCUUCAGGUUUCUGACACAGGCCACGGCAUGUCAGAAGAUUUCAUCAAGAACCAUGCGUUCACUGCCUUCUCCCAGGAAGAUUCGCUAGCCAGUGGCACUGGGCUUGGACUCAGCAUAGUUCGGCAAAUAGUUGACUCACUUGGAGGGAAGAUAGACCUGUCCAGCGAAAAAGACCUUGGCACCGACGUACGAAUCUGGCUCAGCUUUCCAAAGAGUCGAAAUGAAGAGAGCGCGGGUACGGACUCACAUAUCCUCCCGGAGAUGAGGGAGCGCACGACCGGCCUUGAAAUCUGUAUGCUCCUGCCCUACGACGAGAAGAGCACCGAGAGCGGUAUCCGCUCCUUGAUCCCUAUGCCGACAAUAGAAUCAUCCUUGCGGAAUUUGAUUGAUCAGUGGUUCCACAUGAAAGUGACCACCACCAAGACGAUGGAAGGUCUCUCACCCGAUUUUUUCGUCUACCCUGAACCGCCACCUAUCGACUAUCUGAUGGAUUUUCAUGGGAGGACCAAAUCAGAUUUCGAGAUCCCGGUGAUUAUCCUGUGUACCAAUGCAUUCGAAGCAGCGUCACUGAGGUCCAACGGGGUGCAUUACCUUACGGAUAUUGGUAGAGUCAUCGAAGUGAUUGCUCAACCUUGCGGUCCUCAAAAACUGGCAAAAGUACUUCACCGCUGCAUGCAACGGUUGCAGAUGCUGAGAGACGAAAAGGGGAAGAAGAAAUUCACUCAGAACGUUUCCAUGACACUGAAGAAGAACCGAUCAGAAAAGGACUGCUCGCCAACACAGGACCAUACUGGUUCCGACCAGACCGGGGCCGUAGAAGACCACAGCAAGCCGGCGCCUGACCCUCCGCCAGCCAGUCCCGGCCCGGCUGCAAAACGCGCUGAUCCGUCAAAUUCCUCGCCCGAGAACCAGUCCCGGUCAAGGCGGAGGUCUCCGACGAACACGAGUACAACAGACGAGACGGUGUCGGCGGACGCGGUAGCUGCCGCUGAUGGCGAAGCCAUAGCCCCCACGCUCGAUUCCGACAGGCCGCGUGUCCUUGUCGUCGACGACAAUCAGAUCAACCUUCACCUACUGGUCACUUUCGUGCGAAGAUCUGGACACCCUCACGAUUCUGCCACCAACGGCCUGGAGGCAGUGCAGGCGUACAAGAAGUCCGUCCAAGAAGACGGAGGCAAACGCGCGUUCAAGUACAUCCUCAUGGAUAUCUCGAUGCCCGUGAUGGACGGCAUGUCUGCCACGAAAGAGAUCCGCAAGCUUGAGAAGGACCUGGGCAUCAAGACGCCCGCCAAGGUUAUUGCCCUGACUGGAAUGGGGAGCGAUAUUGCGCAGAAUGAGGCUCGGCAUGCCGGGUUUGAUCAGUUUUUGAGCAAGCCGGUAAAGUUCAAGGAUUUGGUCAAGUUGCUCGUUUGA